AUGACCAAAAAGUGUGCCAGUUAUGAGCGAGGAGUGUACCAAUAUGAGCUAAUAGUGUGCCAGUAUGAGCGAGGAGUGUACCAAUAUGAGCUAAUAGUGUGCCAGUAUGAGCGAGGAGUGUACCAAUACACGAUGAUAUAUGAGCUUGCAGUGUGUCAAUAUGAGCCAGUAGUGUGUGAAUAUGAGCAAGGAGUGUGCGAGUGUGAGCCUAGAGUAUACCAUUAUGAGUGGGGAGUGUGCCAGUAUGAGCACAGAGUUUGCCGAUAUGAGUGGGUAGUGCGCCAAUAUGAGCCGGAAGUGUUCCAAUAUGAGCCAGGAUGGCAAAGCCUUCUCUGCUCCCUCUUAUCUGCCAUUAAUUCCCAGCACUCCCAUACUCUGCUCCUCAUUAUUACUCAGUACAACCCUUCUCUGCGCCCACUUGGAUAUGUUUUUUUCUUGCAUGCAAUUUGUACAUGUUAUUACUCAGUACUGACCUACUCUGCUUCUUAA